AUGCUGAUGGCGCUCACGCCUGGCCGCUGGUGCGACUCGAGGCUGACAGAGGCGCUUGCCUCUGGGGAGCGCUUCCCCGUCUUUUGCUAUGGCAGCAAUGGCAUCGAGCAGAUGCGAGACCGCUGCCGCAACGGCGGCCUCACGUCGUGUCGUGCCCGUCUUCCGGACGCAUCGCGCGUCUUCGGCGGCUGGAGCGAGCGCUGGGCCGGCGCGGUUGCAUCGGUCCAGCCUCUCGCCGGCCACGAGGUUCGAGGAAGCGUGGUCGAUCUCGACUCGGCGGAGAUUGAGCUGCUCGACUCCUUCGAGGCGACCAACCCGGACGCGCCAUACGGCCGCACUGGCGCGGUGUACCACCGCCAGGACGUCGUCGUGCUCGUCCAGCGCGAGGCGGGCGGGCCCGAGGUGGCGGCAGUCGCGCUGGUGUACGUCAAAGUGGACGCGAGCUGGCGCGGCCCGCCGAGCCAGCGCUACGUGGACGCAUGCGUGCGCAACGUGCUCCAGUUCUGGGACGGCAGCGAGGUCGAGGGCAAGGGCAAGGGCAAGCGGGUCGCUCCGGGCGGCGAAGGCGACGCCGUGACGCACUUUGACGCGGACGCCUCGCAGACUGCGUUUGGCUUCUCGCUUGAGAAGGCGGCGACGGCGGUGGACUCGAUCGGCGACAAGUCGGACCUGAACGCGGCGGUGCAGUGGCUGAUUGAUCGGGGGGAGGAGGACCACGGCACGCACGCUCCGGCCGCGGGGGCGCAGCCGGUCUGCUCGCACGGGUGCGAGUCGCCAGAGCAGUGGGUCUGCCUCCAGUGUGGCGAGGUCAACUGCGGCCGCUACCUCAACGCGCAUAGCCUGGCGCACCACGGGGCGACCGGCCACGCCACCGCAGCCAGCCUCGCGGACCUGUCGGUCCACUGCUAUCUCUGCCACGGCUACGUCGAGCACCCGCGGCUCGUGCCGCUGGUGGAGAGGCUGCGCGCCCUCAAGUUUGGCGAGGACGCGUUCGGCGGCUGA